GGCGGGAGCGGUAGUGUCUCCUCCCUCCAUCAGUGAGACAAGAAGACCAUCACACAAGGACACCAGACUGAUGCUGUUGCCGUGGAAACAAGGACACGCAGAGAAAUUGAAAAACCUUAAUUCGGGCCUAUGAGUUUGCGGACGCGUGUGAAGGUUUAUGUGUGAAGUGUGUGAGUGUGUGUGUUGGGGGGCGCUUAUGAGUGUGUGUGCACUCUGGAGGGCAAGCGGCUGAUUGGAACCAUGAUGGGCAAAGACUACAUGUUGGCCAUCGUCAUUGUUAACUGUGACGACAACAUCUGGACGGACCAGAACCUUCUGCUUGACCCAGAUCUUCCCUCUGGCUGGAGGACCAUCAACGACUCCACGGGAACCUACUACUGGCACGUGCCCACUGGCGCUACCCAGUGGCAGCACCCUCGCUUGGAAGGGAAGCCAGCACUGCUUGAUGCACAGAAGGACGAACAAGGACCACCAGGCUUCAGUGCAGUCCCACCUGACACCAGUUGUAGGUCUCAAAGGUCUGACACCUCUGGUUGCUAUGGCAACGACUCCCAGUGUUUCUCGGUGCGCUCGCUGGGCUGGCUGCAGGUGGAGGAGGACGACUUGUCGCCGGGCCGCAGCAGCCUGGCGGUGGGCAACGUCAUCCAGCAACUGUCCGACGGCGGCGAGCAGACGGAUGGGGUCUUGGGAGAGGGCCGUGAGAUGAAGCUGCUUCUCAAGUGGGACGCGCUAACUCUGGUGGACCCGUUAGACCGCACCCCCUUGUACCGCCAGCCAAUCGUCGACAUCCGCGUAUGGGGAGUGGGCAGCAACAAUGGCAGGGACAGGGACUUUGCCUUUGUGGCGGCCGACAAGGAUAGCUGCGUCCUCAAGUGUCACGUGUUCCGCUGUGACGCGCCCGCCAAGGCCGUCGCCGCCGCGCUGCAUCGCGUGUGCUCGCAGACCAUGACCCGGCAGACGUCCCGCUCUCUCUCCAUGUACAGCGUCUCGCCCGAGGACCCGCCCCGACAAGUGGACUUCCUGGAGGCGGGGCUUCAGCGCGUCCACAAGUUUGACGUCCACUACGUUGGCAACCUGCCCGUGUCCCGCGGCAUGGGUAGCCGUCAGGAAUGUCACAUGAGGGAUUUCCGGGGCCGCACCACACCCUUUGGCUCUGAAGCAUGCCCUUUCUAUUCCGCAGGCAUGGAGGUGUUAAACUUGGCCAUCGAGAGCAUCAUGAACUCCACCCGCCGCCACGAGUGGGAGGCCGCCGUCAUCCACGUGACCGACAACGUCCUGUCUGUCUUCAAGCAGCAGCAGCAGCAGCAGCAGCAGGAGCAGGAAGGGGAGGAGCCAGUGUGGGCUUGCCAGGUGCGUUUCCUCAGCUUCCUGGGCGUCGGUCACGACAGUCGCACCUUCGCCAUCAUCGUGGAUGGCGGCCGGCAGCGUUUCGAAUGUCACGUCUUCUGGUGCGAGCCGGACGCCGGCCCCUUGUCCGAGGCAGUCCAGGCAGCGUGCGUGGUUCAGUAUCAGAAAUGUUUGGUGGCUCAGACGCCGCCGCCCAGGAGGCGGCUUUGGCAUGCCACCGGACCCAAGGUCAAACGCGCCAACUCGGUGGAUGGCGCCACUUUCCAAAGCGGCGGCGGCGGCGGCAGCCAUGGCGGGGUGUCGCCUAUGAAGGGAAACGGUGGCUAUAGCGGCAGCGGUGUUCGCAGGGGCAUGAUGGCCUUCUUGGACACCUUCCGCAGCAAGCAUGCCGCCGCCUCCUAACAACGGAGGACGCUCGGUCCCUCAGGAGACCUCGACUUGGACUUCCUGCUGACCGCCAACGCGUGGUCACGCAAUCACGGAUGUCUCCCGAAAAAAUAAAUUCGUGUUGAUCUGA